AUGGCUUCCCGCCGUCUAGCAUACAGCUUCCAACAGGCUCUUCGGAGUCGCCAGGCUAUCAACGCCAUCAAGCCGGUGCGACGGGGUUUUGCUUCGCCGGUUUCCCUGCCCUCCACCACCCAGUCCACCACCCUCCCUAACGGCUUUACGAUUGCGACUGAGCACUCGCCAUGGGCUCAGACCUCGACCGUUGGUGUGUGGAUCGAUGCCGGUAGCCGGGCAGAGACCGACAAGACGAACGGAACUGCGCACUUCCUCGAGCACCUUGCUUUCAAGGGUACCAACAAGAGAUCCCAGCACCAAUUGGAGCUCGAGAUUGAGAACAUGGGUGCGCACCUUAACGCCUACACAUCGCGAGAAAACACCGUCUACUAUGCCAAGUCUUUCAACAGCGACGUCCCUAAGUCCGUCGACAUCCUCGCAGACAUUCUCCAGAACUCGAAGUUGGAGCCCGGUGCCAUUGAGCGUGAGAGGGAUGUGAUCUUGCGUGAGCAGGAGGAGGUUGACAAGCAGCUCGAGGAGGUUGUCUUCGACCACCUCCACGCCACCGCUUUCCAGGGCCAGCCCCUUGGUCGCACCAUCCUCGGUCCCAAGGAGAACAUCCAGACCAUCUCCCGGGACAACUUGGUCGAUUACAUCAAGACCAACUACACUGCUGACCGCAUGGUCCUCGUUGGCGCUGGUGGUGUCCCCCACGACCAGCUUGUCAGACUUGCCGAGGAGCACUUUGGUAGUCUCCCCAACAAGCCCCUGACCUCUGCUGCCCAGGCCAUCCAGGCUGAGCAGAAGCGCGCUCCCGAGUUCAUUGGCUCCGAAGUCAGACUCCGUGACGACACCCUCCCCUCUGCUCACAUUGCCCUUGCCGUUGAGGGUGUCAGCUGGAAGGACGAUGACUACUUCACCGGCCUGGUCGCUCAGGCCAUCAUUGGUAACUGGGACCGUGCCAUGGGUAACUCUCCGUACCUCGGCAGUAAGCUCAGCUCUCUGGUCAACUACCAGGGCCUUGCCAACAGCUUCAUGUCUUUCUCCACUAGCUACAGCGACACUGGUCUCUGGGGUAUUUACCUUGUUUCCGACAACCUGACCCGUCUCGACGACCUCAUUCACUUCACCCUCCGUGAGUGGACCCGUCUGUGCUUUAAUGUCAACGCCGCCGAGGUUGAGCGUGCCAAGGCUCAGCUCAAGGCCUCUAUGCUCCUCUCUCUUGACGGCACCACCGCCGUUGCUGAGGACAUUGGCCGCCAGAUCAUCACCACUGGCCGCCGCUUCUCGCCCGAGGACAUUGAGCGUACCAUCGGCCAGAUCACCGAGAAGGACGUCAUGGACUUCGCCAACCGCAAGCUUUGGGACCAGGAUGUCGCAAUGAGUGCUGUCGGCAGCGUUGAGGGUAUCCUUGACUACCAGAGAAUCCGCAACGACAUGACCCGGAUGACCCUGUAA